AUGGCCAAGAGAAAGCGCGACCCCCAGGCCGACGGCGAGGCGCCCAAGCCCCAGAAGGCCUUCGCCGCGCAGCAGCAUGCCGCCAACCGCCCCGCAACGCCCGUCUCGCUGCAAAUUAUCACCGGAUCUUACGAGCGAGUCCUCCACGGCCUCACUGCCACCGUCGAUCCCCAGCCCGACGCGAAGGCGCCCUCGCAGAACAGCAGCGCCGUCAAGUUUGCCGACACUUUCCUGUUCAACGCGCAUGCCUCUGCCAUCCGCUGCCUCGCCCUUUCGCCGCCCUCCGGCCCGUCCGAUCCCAAGGCGCAGAAGGUCAUUCUCGCGAGCGGCAGCACCGAUGAGCGCAUCAAUCUGUACCAGCUCUCGACCGCUCCCCCGCCUGCCCACUCGCAACCCUCAAUACCCACUCUCACCGGAACCCCGAGCAUGCACAAUCCCAAGAACCGGGAGAUGGGCUCGCUGAUGCACCACUCCUCGAACAUCGGCGCGCUGCACUUCCCCAGCCGCUCCAAGCUGUUCUCGGGUGCAGACGACAACACCAUAGCCAUUGCGCGCACUCGUGACUGGACGGUGCUUUCCACCAUCAAGGCGCCCAUUCCAAAGGCCCAUGGAAGACCGAGCGGCGACACAGCGGCCCCCGGCGAGGUCCCUUCAGGCAUCAACGACUUUGCAGUGCACCCCAGCCAGAAGCUCAUGAUAAGUGUCAGCAAGGGGGAGAAGUGCAUGCGGCUAUGGAACGUCAUGACCGGUAGAAAAGCCAGUGUCCUCACCUUCGACCGCGAGAUGCUUCAAAACGUCGGCGAGGGAAAGUGGUCCACUGGCGAGGGCCGCAAGGUCAAGUGGAGUCCGGAUGGGGAGGAGUGGGUGGUCGCGUUUGAACGGGGAUUUGUCGUAUUUGGUCUGGACUCGCGGCCCAUGUCCCAGACAUUGCCCAGGCCAAUGACGAAGAUCCACCAGGUUCACUACGUGCCUGGCCUCAGCCAGGAGCUUGGCAAUAUCAUCGCCAUUUCUACCGAGGACGGCCGCAUCCUGUUCUACUCCACCAAGGAAACCCGGACCCCGGCAGCAACUUCGCAAGCAGUCAAGACCGGCAAGGAAGCCGCUGUGCCCAGCUGCAAGCUCAUUGCUCAACUUGGCGGCAGAGCAGCAGACUUGACUGGACGCAUUAAGGACUUUGAAAUCUUGCCCGUUUCGGAAGCAGCCGACGAGUAUUAUAUCGCCACGGGCAGUAGCGACGGUGCCGUGAGGGUUUGGCAUUUGAGCCAAGGUGACCUCUGUCUGCCCGCAGAUGAUGCAGCCGACGGCGAUUCCUCAAAACAGCCUGACGCGGGCAGCGAAAAGGCCGUUAACGUCAGCGAUACGCUCUCCGCCAAGCAAGUUGGGGAGUUGAUCGGAGCGCAUGAGACGGGAAAUCGUAUAACGUGCUUGAAGGCGUUCAUCAUGAACGGCACGCCAGAAGAGGACGACGAUGCGCCCAUGGAAGAAACCGAAGCAUCUAGCAGCGACGACAGCGAUAGCGAAUGA